CCUCAGCGCCCUGGGCCGCCGCCGGGCGGAGGCAGCGCCAGGCCCGGCCCGGCCCGGCCGCUCCGUCCGCUCGGCUCGGCCCCGCGCCGGCCCCGCACCGGGCCCCCGCCAUGGCCAGUCGCCGCCGGGCCCCGCGCCGGAGCGGCGGGGGGCGCUGAGCCGGCCCCGCCCCGGCCCCGGCGGACCCUCCGCGCCGCCCCCCGUGUCCCGUGCUAUGAGCGUUCGGCGUGACUUCUCCGCAAGCAGCUGCAAAUGAAAAUGGAGGAUAUGUCUUUGUCUGGCCUGGAUAACAGCAAACUGGAGGCCAUCGCACACGAGAUUUACACGGAGCUGGUGGAGGAUGCUUGCCUGGGGCUGUGCUUCGAGGUGCACCGGGCUGUCAAGUGCGGCUACUUCUUCCUGGAUGACACAGACCCCGACAGCAUGAAGGACUUUGAGAUCGUGGACCAGCCGGGCGUGGACAUCUUCGGGCAGGUGUACAACCAGUGGAAGAACAAGGAGUGCGUGUGCCCCAACUGCAGCCGCAGCAUCGCCGCCUCGCGCUUCGCCCCGCACCUGGAGAAGUGCCUGGGCAUGGGCCGCAACAGCAGCCGCAUCGCCAACCGCAGGAUCGCGAGCAGCAACAACCUGAACAAGUCAGAGAGUGACCAGGAGGACAACGAUGACAUCAAUGACAACGACUGGUCCUAUGGCUCCGAGAAGAAAGCCAAGAAGAGGAAAUCGGAUAAGAACCCCAACUCGCCCCGCAGGUCCAAGUCCCUGAAACACAAAAAUGGCGAGAUCGGCGGGAACCCCGAUCCCUUCAAGUACAGCAACUCAGCUGGCAUCAACUACGAGACGCUGGGCCCCGAGGAGCUGCGGACGCUGCUCACCACGCAAUGCGGGGUCAUCUCCGAACACACCAAGAAGAUGUGCACCAGGUCCCUGCGGUGUCCCCAGCACACGGAUGAGCAGCGCAGGGCAGUCCGGGUUUACCUCCUCGGGCCCUCCGCGUCCCUGCCCGAGGCCGAGGGCGGCGUGGAGAACGACAGCUUCGAGGUGGCUGAGAGCCAGGCCCUGAUGAGCCGCCUGCAGUGGGACGGCUCCUCCGACAUCUCCCCCUCCGACUCGGCCUCCUCCAAAGCCAGUACAAACAACUCCGAGUCCCGCAAGACCAAGAAGAAGAAGCCCCACCUGGGGCUGGUGAGCGGCGCCCCAGGGCUGGGCUCCAGCAAGAAGAAGAAGCCCAAGCCCCCCGCCCCCCACACCCCCAGCAUCUACGAUGACAUCAACAACUGAGCCCCGCCGAGCUGGGGAGGGGCAGGACGGACAGAGGGACGGACAGGGGCCAGGACAGCCCCCAGGCACACCGUGGGUACCGGAGCACAGAGGACUCAGCUGUGGCUGGAUUUGGGGAGCCCCCCUUAGUGCCCCCCUGCCUCCCCGCCCUGCCCCGGUGCCUCUAUUUAUUCUGUGACAGUUUUUGUACGUGGGGCUCUCUUUGGGGUGUCACCCUCGGGGGGUACAGCCCCCCCUUCCCUCCCAGCACCCCCAAAGCCAGCUGUGCCCCCCCAGACCCCCUCCUCAUUUACCCCAGUGGGGUGGGGGGCACCCUGGGCAGGUCCGGGCCUGGGUCAGGGGGUUGUGAAUCCCCCCUGCCCUGGGGUUUUGGGGUGAGCCCCCACUCUGGGGCUGCCCCACUCCCUGCCCUGGGCUGGCACUCGCCGGUCGGGCUGGCUCAGGAGGGGGGGUCACACUGGAGGGGGCUUUCCCCACCCACGGGACAGGGGAGCACCCUCUCACCCCCAGCUCUGUUCAGCUGUGCCUGCACCCAGCUGGGGGGGGGUCUCGGGGGCCUGGCAGUGCCCACACAGGGGGUCACAGGGGGCUGCAUGCUGCAUCCUUCAUGUUUGGGGGCGGGUUUGGGGGUGGGGGGAGCUGCUGUGACCAUCCCUGUGCCAAACUCUUUGGGGAGGGGGGACCCCAACCUGCCAGGGACGUCUGGGGGGGAAGCAGAACUUGGGGGGGAAGCCCAGCACAGAGCCCCCCACUCCUGGUGUGCCCUCCACACGUGCCUGGGGAGCUGCUGCUGCAGUGGGGGGGUCAGUGGGGACCCCCACAGGCUCUGCUGUUGUUUGGGGGGGCCGGGAGCAGCGCCCCGCUGUGCGGGCUGGGGGGGACAGGUCCCUCUGGCUGGAUCCAGGUCACCCCCUGCCCCGUGCUCCCCUCCCUGCAGCUGUUCUCCAUUGCAGGGGCUGUGCUGGGGACAGCGUUGGCUCCAUCCCCUCCCUUGUGUCCCCCUCCCCAUGGCUGUCUGACCCCCCCAUUUUGGCCAUAUGUCCCCGGGGUGGAGCUGUGUCUGUCCCACACCCCGUGGCUCCUCUCGCUGGGACUCUCAUUAUGGUGCUCUCGACUCUGGAUUCACUAUUGUUUUCAAACUGCUGCUAAAGGCUGGGCUGGGGGGGGGUCCUGCAGAGCCCCCUCCCCUGCAUGGGGACCCCCGCGUGGUCCCUCCUGGUGUGGCUUUGGGGCUGGGCAGGUCUGGCCACCGGAGCAUGCCAAGCUGGCCUUCGCGUGCCCCGGGGCCCGGGGACGGGGCUGUGGGCACCCAAAAACACGGGGGGGCCACCCCAAACUGCCUGGGGGGGGGCAGCCUGAGCCCCUUCAGCUGCAAUUUGGGGUCCAAGGGGUGCAGUGGGGCUUGGGGGGCUCAGCCCGUGCCCUGUGAUCCCCCCAGGUUGGUGUCCUCACCCCCCCCCCCCCGCACCCCGGUGUUUCUGCGUGUCCCCCCCCUGCAGGGGAACUGAGCCCUUGUGAGGUCUGUGUGUCCCGUGAGUGGGUUGUGGCUGCCCCUGUAAAUAAAACUGCAUCUUGACUUGGUA